UAAAACAAUCAGUCUUUUGGUUCAGUCUUGUUUACAUUCGCUGCGACGUGGCAGAGAAACAGAGUCUGAUGUUUUUACGUUGUAUUAAACUUUAAUGGGAAACAGUGAGCUGGAACAAUAAAUGUCUCGCAACUGACUACGAUGCGAAGGGAAAUUAUUAUUUAAUGCGUGAAACCCGUCACACCCUGCUGUAGCUGUCACUAUCAAGUCAAUAUCAUCCUCAAAGGUGGGCUCCCUAAGUCAGGACAGCUGUGCCAAAUCAUCAGAAAAAGAUGAGCCAGGAGGCAUCCAUCCAUAGCUGGCCCGGCUCUUAUUACAUCAACAGCGAGAAACGCUGGGCCAGCGGCAUCCUCUCCUUAACUCGCACAACCCUUCGCUUCAACUCCGAGCCAAAUCAGGAGAAUCUGAUCAGCCUGAGGCUCUCACACAUCAUGGAGAUCAAGAUGGAGACCUCCGGCUUCAUUUUCAGUGCUCUUACUGUGUUGGAGCAGGGAAACACCAAGCACUGGUUUGGAUCUCUCAAGCCUUGCCGUAUUGCGGUUUACCACGUGCUAGACCACUUCUGGAGGGAACGGCUGCUGUCACCCACAGAGCCCCGUGGAGCUGAGGCUGCUCUCAGUAAGGGCCAGGAGCUGAUCAGCCUGAUAUCUGGAGCCCAGCGGAGGCUGGAGGACACUGGGAAAGUCCUGGACCACCAGGGAGAGCAGUUUGACAACAUGAUUCAGGGCCUGGACGAUAUAGAAUCAGACCUGAGCGUGGCAGAUAAACUUCUCUCUGAACUUGAGUGUCCUUCUUGGUGGCCUUUUGGCAAGCUGCCAUGGAAGAGCCACCAGGAGGCCAAGUCUGAGGCAGCGGCCAAAGCAGCCUGUGCUAAAGGUUCAGGCAAAGGCCACAAAGUCAUAACCAGCAUUCCAGCUAUUGUCUCCCAUGUUGGAAGCUCUGGAACCAUGAAACCAGGUAGCUUGAUAGUGUUGGUCUCCUCUCUGGAGGUUCGAGAUGCAAACGGACAGCUCCUCCAUUGCUUUGAGAAGGAAGAGGUGGAUGAUGUCUAUGUGCACAGCCCCUACGAGAUCAGUGUUCGGCAGCGCUUCAUCGGGAAACCUGACAUCUGUUUCCGAAUUCUCUCUGCCAGGAUGACUGAAGCUUUAUCUGUACUGGAGAUGCAGUAUAAGAAGAAAGUUGUGAUCACACGUGACUAUGCAGCAUUUCAGGCAACUUCUGCAACCACACCAGGAAGCCCAGAAGGUGGAGGAAACAUUUGGAGUGCAGGUCACGGGCAGGACAUGGAGGGGACAGUGGAGCUGUCUGCUGGUGAACUGACACAACUGCAGCUUCAUGUGCUUCAGCCCACUGUGACUGAAGCAGAGGCACAGGAGCUGAAACAGAUGCUCCAGCAGCUGAAGACUCUAGCCCUGGAGGCUGAGACAGAGCUGGAGCGUCAAGACGAGGCUCUGGAUGUAUUGAGCUGUUCUGCUGACCGCACCACCAUGAACAUUAACAGACACACUCGCCGCAUGAGGAAACUACUGUGAACUUAAAAUCGCUAGAUUAAUGGUCAACAUAGAUCUGCAACCAGUGUCAUUUUGCGCGGUUAAGCACCUUCACCUAGCUGGAAAGAAGCAACUGUAACUGUAAUCAAUUUACUGUUGUUGUGUAAAUUAUGACAUUUCAAAAUUUCACAAGAUGCUCUACAUUGUCAACCCUUUAACAGUAAUGCACUCUAUCUAAUCCUCAAUUAUUUUCAUUGUUUCAUGUGUGCUGAUUUAUUUUUUAUUUAUUGACAAGUGUAAACUCAUAAUGCUAUAUUUAUUAACUUGUUUUGUGAUCAAGGGAAGUGUAAAAUAAACUCAGACACUCUUUAUUGUCA